GAUCUAGCCACCCAAAGCUAUAGAUACAGCUGGCUACCUCGCCGUACUUCAGUCUGCCGCAUCCAGUCCAAGAUGAACGUAUACCUGGUAGUCCUGACUGUUGGGGUGAGCGCCGCCCUACUCCUCAUGUCCCUUCCCCGAGUGGAGGGAUUAAGGUGUGUCGGAUGCAGUUCGGUGAGGGUCAGAUGUAAGCCCCUCCCCAGUUCCUGCCAAGCUACUCGAGCGCCAUGUGGGUGCUGCAACAUCUGUGCAGGGAAAGCUGGUCAGCAGUGCUCCUUUUUUAAACCGUGCGAGCAAGGACUGGUCUGCAAGUCAAAAAAACGGUAUUGGUGGUUUGGAAAAAGCAUUUGCCAAACGCCAAUGAAGGGCUAGGCCUGGAGCUCCGGCCGCAAUUGUCCACCUCUCCGUACAUACGGGAGCUGCACGAAGAAUAAAUAAGUUCUUUACCGCAAAA